ACAGCAGCAGCUGCAGGGGACAGCGCAGCAGCAAGGGGCAGCGCAGCAGCAGAGGGCUCACCCUUGUGACCCUCUGCUGGUUAGAGCCAGGGUGGUGGUGCUGCUGAGGAAGAUGAGGAGCAAGAAGCAGGCGCAGCCGGUGUGGGCCUGGGAAGUGGCAGGAGGUGAGGAGCGCAGGAGGGUGUGGAGGGGGCUGCAAGCAGACAGGAGGUGGAAGUGCUCUCUGCCUCCCCGAGGAGCCUGUGGAGUCGCUGUCCCGCUGGGAUGAAGCAGGGCACCCAGCGAGCCAGGUGGGCACUUCUGCCAGCCCCCCUGCGGUGGGAGCCAAGCCGGCAGAGCCCCCCCGGGCAGCAGGAGCCAGCCCCCCCCGGCUGCCCAGCUUGCGAGCGCAGCUGUACCUGUGCUGCUGUGCCUGCCCAUCCUGCAGCUCAGCCUCCUCCUGCCGCGGGCUGCCCAGGGCCGCCGCUGCCUUUUGUACCCUCGCUGGCGGGGCAGGGGCUGGCAGGGGGCUGGCAGCAGGGCCCCCGGCUGGACCCUUUGUUUUAUUCACCCUUCCCAUUGUUCCCCAGAGAGCUGCUUACAUUGGCCCCUGCCCCGGGCAGGUGAAAUAUGGGUGCCCAGGUGCUGGGGCACUCUGUCUUCGCCGUGGGGCGACUGGAGGAGCACAGAGAACCUUCUUGGGCUGCAGGGUGCCAAGAAACCAACCACUGGCUGCAGGUGAAGCUUGGGCUGUGAGCUCUGCAGCCCUGCUCUCUCCUCAGGGACAGCCAUGGCCACAGAUGGCACCGAGCUGUGCUGUGUGCCCCUCUCCCAGCUGGGCAGAAGGGCUGAGCCCUGCUCGUGUGGUGCUGGGGCAGGUGUCAGCAGCUCAGCAGCGAUGCCCUCCGCUCCCAUCAGGCCUGGGCAGGGCUGGUGAAGGCAGCAGAAGUGCUUGGGGUAGCUUCAGGCAGAAACUCAAUUAUUUGAAGCCCUCUCCUCUAACCUCUGGGGUUGAUCCCUGUGCAAGAGUCCUCUCCUCAACUCAUCCCCACCCCAGAGCCACUGCCAGCAUUUAUCACAGCUGGCACUGAACGUGGUGGCUGCUGCCCACCCUCUCUGCUGCCCACCCUACAAGCAGUGAAAGCUUCACGGGAGGCAGCCACAGCCUCUGCCCUCCUGUGCUUGGGCUGCACCAGGUUCUCCUUCGGGUCUGUAGGACAGAGCUGGGAGCCCCUGCACAGCCCAGGUGAGUGCAUCCUCCACACUCUCCUGCAGCUCUCCCCCAUGCUCCACCCUCUGCCUUCUGCCCUGCUCUCCCCCAGAGGUGUGACCUGUCCUGCAGGGAGGGUUGAGCUGCCCACGUUGCUGUGCCCCCCCGGCAGUGGCAGGAGGUGUUCAGGGCUUGUUGGAACACCUGCAGCCUGGGCAGGCAACCAUUGUCCUUUGUGCCUGCCUGACGUGGGUGAGUUAUUGGCCCAGGGCUGCUUCCAGGUCCAGCUUGACAUGGCCAAAGCUCCUGGCCCUCGCCAGCACCGUGUUCCUGUCCUUCCCAACAGGGCAGAGAGAGGCCAGCAGAGGAGAAGCAGAGCUCCAGCCACGUUGUGUGUCCCCAUUGGAGGCAGCCAGAGAGCAGAGCCAAGAGGAAACGUGAAGAGCUGUGCCCAGCUGCCCGCUGAGGCUGAUAUUGGCUCCCCACAGUUACCAGGACCAAAGAUGGGUCCCUCCUGGGCAGUUCUGCUGCUCUGCAGCCUGCUGAGCCCUUCCCGAGGCUUUCGCCUCCUGCCCUCUGCUCCCCGCGCGGCCGCAGCAGGUGUUGAGCAAGCAGUGUUCCAGCAGGACCUCCCCCAGCCCCGGGCUGGCCUCCUUGGUGGCAACCUGCUCGGUGGUCUCCUUGGCAAAGAUGGUCCUGUUGGAGGUCUCCUUGGCAAAGAUGGUCCUGUUGGAGGCCUCCUUGGCAAAGAUGGUCCUGUUGGCGGCCUCCUUGGCAAAGGUGGUCUCCUUGGUGGUCUCCUUGGUGGAAAUGGUGUCCUUGGUGGCCUCCUGGGAGCAGAUGGUGCUGUUGGCAGCCUCCUUGGUGGUCUCCUUGACAGCGAAGGUGUGCUCGGGGGUGUCCUUGGCAAAGGUGGAGUCCUGGAUGGUGUCCUUGGCAAGGAUGGUCUGCUGGAUGCCCUCCUUGGCAAGGAUGGGCUGGUUGAUAGCCUCCUUGAUGCUGUCCUCAACCUCCUGAUUGGCAAAGGAGGGAUCCUCGCCAGAGAUGGCCUCGUUGGUAGUCUCCUUGGUGGGAAUGGUGGAGACCCUGCAGGGCCAAAAAUUGUGAACAACUCCCUGCCCAGGAUCAGCCUGCGCUCCCUGCCGGGCUUCGGGCACCAGCUGGGCUUCAACACACAGCUGCUGGUCGAGACCACCAGCGCGACAGGCAAGGAGCUCUGCCUGCAGGUGGAAGCUGAUGCGGACCUGCUGGUGCAGGACAAGUGGGCAGCGCCCCAGAGUGCCAGGGACUGCCAGGCUGUGGACAUCAGCAUCCGCUUCAGGCCCAAGGUGCCACUGCUGGAGCAGCCCUUGCAGCGCCUCCUGGCUGAUGCCCUGCGUGAGAAGGGCUGCAACAUCCUCAACGCCAGGCUCGGUGUCUUGAGCUCCCUGCUCAGACCUGGCAGCCCUGCGCUCCCGCUGGGGGCUCUGGGAGACCUUCCUCCCUUCUCCAUCACCAGUGGUGACUCCGUGCAGAUGGAUCUGGACCUGCCCCCCCCAACCCAGACCUCUGACUGGGUCACUGUCAGGGACCCAGGGACAGGCUCUGCAGAGGGGAGCCCUCUCCGUGCCACCCUGCUGCUGGCCACUGGCCGCCCACCACGGCUCAGCCUCCCCCAGCAAGCCCUUGGUGCCCUGCUGGAGCAGAGCCAGGAGCAUGGAGACUUUGACCUCAACAUCACCAACCACCUGGGCAAUGCUGAUGCACACCUCCAGGGCCAGGUACCCAACAGCCUCUCGCUGUCCACAGCUGCUCUGUUCCCGUUCAUCCCCCAGCUCUCCAGGGUCCUGCCUGGCUCUCUGCCGCUGGAGCUGCACCUGCGAGUGGCCAAGAAGCCGGAGGUGGCCGUGAGGGGUCGAGGAGCCACUGCCACCCUCGGAGCCUCCAUUGCCGUGGUGGUGCCUGCCCUGCAGAAGGGCCAGAGGCCUCUCUUCUCCCUGGAUGCGGACAUCACUCUGAGCAUCGUGCCCUCGGUGCAGGACGGCAGGCUCAGGAUCUCCCUGGCUCUGGACAGCAUCAGCCUGACCCGGGCGCCCCCGAGGCUGGACCCUGCCUCUGCCUCCUCGCUGGCAGAGUGGCUGAAGCAGGUCCUCGCCUCUGCCUACGUGCCUGGCAUCGACGAUGCCUUGAGUGUGUCAGUUCCUCUGCCCAGCUUCCUCAGCACCAACCUCAGGAACGUCCAAGUGGACAUCACUGAUGCUGAGCCCUCCAGCUGGCAGAGCUCUCUGGCAGGCUCCUGCCCCAGCGGCACCCCCAGCCGGCUCCUGGCCUGAGCCCCCAACCCUGCUCCUCUCUGCUGCCUCCCCUGGGCUGCUGCUGUGGCCCUCGGGGCUCUGGUGAUCACCUUCGGCCAGCUGGCCCCGGGGUAGCCUGGCAUCAGGGUGGGCAAAGGCGGUGGCUGUUAGGUGGGCACUUCCACGGGCACUCUGGACAGCUGCUGUGGGGCAGCAGAGCUCUCUCCUGGCUGGGGGGGAGGAGGACUUUGCUCUCCUCCUGCUGCCAAUAAAAUCCUUCACUGCUUCAGAA